AUGCCCGGUGUUAUCCAAAACUGGCCCGCAUGGAAGGAGUUCGGCGUGAAGCCCGACGAAAGCACGCGGGGCGCCGACUUCGCCAAGGCGAAAGCCGACGUGAUCGCUGAGUACGGCGAAGACGCCCUGCGCCGGAGCUGGCUCAAAGUGUGCGAGGACCUCAAAGCCGUGACCGACGACCUAUCCACGCUCGGCACCGCCGCGAUCCCCACCUUCCACAUGGACACGAUCCGCGCCCAUGGCCUCUCAGACGACGAGCGCGCGCAGGUCAAGUCGCGCGGGUGCUGCGUAGUCCGCAACGUGAUCCCCGAAGCGGAAGCGACCUCGCUUUUCCAGGACAUGAAGACCCUUGUGGCGGCGAACCCGGGGAAGGUGCCGGGGUGGCCGAUCGAGUCGCCGGCGAUGCUGCGGCUGUUCAACUCGCCGACGCAGAUCGCGGUGCGCACGCACCCGGACCAGAUCCAGCUGCAGCGCACGCUUAACGCGCUCUUCCACGACGCGACCCGCGAGACGAGCCCCGAGCCGCUCAGCUACACGGACGCGGCGCGCAUCCGCGAGCCCGGGCAGGCGUUUCUGGGGCUAGGGCCGCACAUCGACGCCGGCAGCCUGUGUCGCUGGGCCGACCCGCAGUACCGCAAGGUGUACGGCCACAUUCUCUCCGGCAGCCCGGAGAAGCACGACGCGUUUGACCUGGGGAUCCGCAAGACGGCCGACCAGUUCUUGUUCAAGGCGAACGCGCACUCUGUUGUCUUCCGCUCGUUCCAGGGGUGGACGGCGCUGACGCCCGCGGCGCCGGCUGCGGGGACGCUGAUGCUGUACCCGAAUAUCUCGUCGGUGAUUGCGUACGUGGUGCUGCGGCCCUUCUUUUCGCCGCCGGCGGACGGGGAGGAUGUUAUGGAUGCGAGCAAGUGGACUUUCGACCCCGAGUCCAGCUGGUUUCCCGGGACGAUGAAGGAUCAGAGCCAGAGGUUGAGUCCGAGCUCGCAUCCGCACCUUAGGUUGCAGGAGUGCCUCACGUAUAUCCCGCGGAUGAACCCGGGCGAUACGGUCUGGUGGCAUACGGAUAUGUGCCAUGCUGUCGACCCCGAGCACAACGGCAAGGAAGAUGCCAGCGUCGUCUACGUGGCUGCCUGCCCUACGACAGCGAUUAACAAAGCUUAUAUCAAGACCCAGUUACAAGCUGGUCUUCUCGGCAAGGGACCGCCAGACAGUCCGAAUGUGGAUGUCGACGAGAGGGCUCUGAAAGGGUAUAAGGGGUUUGAUGGUGUUUCGGCCGAGGGUAAGGCCGUGUUGGGGUUCAAUUUACUUUGA